CACUCUCCGAGUCCCGCCCGCUUCUCACCCCGGCAAGAUGGCGGCGCCCGUGCAGGGGGAGGCGGCGUGGAACCGGUGGCGCGUGCCGUGGCCUGCGAGCAGCGCUACGGUGGCCCUGCCGGCCCAACACCCGGCAGUGAGAUGCCUUCCAGCUGUUGUUAAAGGAUGUUACAAGGUCAGCAUGUUGCUAAAGAGUAAAGCUGUGGAUGCAGAAGGAAAAGUUUUACAUUCGAUCCUUUAUGGUUUCCACAACAGAAUGGCUCACCAUAAAACCUAUUUGUCUCUGAAACAGGUAGAACAAUGCUUAAAGCGUUUAAAUCAGAUGAACUUGAUGGGCUCCAUUCAAGAUCUGGCGGAGUUGUGUCCCAAGAAAAGUAAAUCUGAAAAUGCAGGGAAGUGUUUAGUUCCCAGCCAGCCUGUGACAGAAGUGGUGGCGGUGAAGAUCUUGGGAGGCUGCAAGCUCUUGCUGCGCUUACUGGAGUGUUGCUGCAAAGCAUUUGUCCUGUCUGUUAAGCAUCUGUGUUUGGAAGAAUACAUCCUCUUGAACACUGUGGUUUCGGGAUUGUUGAGCAGAUUAUGGAUUCUCUAUAGGUGUGUAUUACAAAGCCUCAUUUCUUUAUAUGGGGUGUUGUCUGGGUUGCUGCAGGAGGUGUCCAGGACCCAGCAGAUGCCUUAUAUUAAGGGGUUUCCCUUCCCUUCUGAAAUCACUGAGUUUCUGGGACCCCUUUAUUUGGAGAUUAAGAAAAGACCUAAAGUACUUGCAACAAAAAAGGCAACUGGAUGGCUGAACAAACUGUUUGCAGGGCCUGCAGCAGCAUCCAGAUGCAGUAAAGAGAGAGGCCCGGCAGCUCCCACAAGGUGCAGCAAGAAGAUGACCAACAUCCAGCACCCCAUUGAUAUUGGGAAGCCGGUUCUGGUGAAGAGAGCUAACCGAGGGAAGCAGUUGGGAUUUGACAUCAAGGCCUUAUGUAGGCAACUGAAACCCAGAGUCCAAGAGGAUGUAGACUUCAGGCUAACACUUUCUGAAGCAAAAGCAGUGAGAUCUCAGCAUGCCAAAUCCCUUGUGUUGCGGUUUAGAGAAGCCUGCUCUUUCGGAGAACUGUCUGAAGCACUCAAAACGGCCAUUCUCUGCUGCAAAAGCAAAAAGCUCAAGUCAGAAGCUUUCUUUCUGGGAACAAAACUUUUGAAAAGCAAACGGCUGCAGCAUGUGGAGGCUCAGGGCUGCAGAUUACAGAAAAAACUGGGCUGUGUUAAAGCAUCUAUCUGUAAAUACCUUCUCUCUGGCUUGCAAAAGGCACAUUGGCCAAAGCAGUACCGCAGAGCAAGUUCCUGGCAGCAAAGGAAGAUCAAACUGUCCAGAAGGUCAAAAUCUGUCUCAAAGAAGACUCCAGAGUUUGUUCAACAAAACACUUCCAGCCUUUUUGAAGAUAGUAUACCUGGUGCUGUGUCCCUCUUUCCUUCUCAGCAGUGUGAGCAUUCACUUCACCUAAGAAAAGCAGGAGACUGUAGCGCUACCAGGCAUGUUGAAGAACAAGACAAAGUGGGGACCUCUGAACCUGUGGUGCUGGAAAGAAACCCUGGGCCUACAGUGAAAGGGACUAGUGAGAACGAUGAUAUUGAUGACAUUUUUGCAGCAAUGGGUGUAUAACACUGGUGUGGUGAUGUGGGGGCAUCACAGCAGUGUAAGCACGGAGGAGGUGACCUGGUACAGCAGUUCCCAUGAUGCCACUGAAAUCUUGCCUUUAUCACAAUGCCCCAGUGAUCUGUUUUCACUUAGAAGAAUGUUGGGGGUGUAUGGAAUACUCUAUUAUACAGCACCUACAAUGGGCUGCUGGUCCACAACUGGUGCUGCUAGGCACUAUAAUACACAAAAUAAUCUAGGUGCCAUGCCUCCUUAAAACCAAUCUUUACAAUAGUGUCCACAAGAAAGAAGAUAUAAGAUGGGGUAGCUUUGAUCUUCCAUCCUCUGGGCUACCUUUAAGUAUCCUAUCUCACUUCUCCUGUAAACACUUCAGCAUAGACACACUGUAUAUUUAACACCACUGGGGGUGGUGCUGUAUAAGUAUUCAAAUUAAGGCAUAUUACAGUAAAUCUAAAGACUGAUGAUGAUUGGGAAGUGGGAAGAGACAUGCAUGUCUUUGUUCUAGAGAUUUCUAUUUAAUGAUACCUGGCUUUCAGAGUAACUACCCAACUCCUGAACCAUGCAUAAAAGGUUUCCCCUACACAAGUUUUUUGAUCUUAUUCUUUGCAUAAAAAUAAAUUAAAAUUUCUACAAAAGUCCUCUAGGCUGUUAUUUACAAGGUUAAAUGCUAGGUUCAGGCAAUAGGCUUGAGUAGUCCUGCAGGGUAAUACAGCAGGCCAAUCUUAGAAGUCGUCUAUUUCUUAGUGAGUUGAUUAAUAGUUUUUUCCAUAUAAUGGAUUCUCACAGCAGAGUGCAGCUAAAUCUAAUGAAGGUGAGCCUAGAGUCACAGCUAACUGAAGCUAAAUCUAAAAAGUCAGCAUCCUCACUAAUAUCUGGCAGCACACACACAAAAAAAGCAAAGCUAUUUAUAUGAAAAAAAAUUAUAUAUAUUAGCUUACGACCCCAUUGUGGGCCUAAGACUACUGGACAUGCAGCAUUUUAGUGCAAAUAAAUUCUUGUUCCUUAUGUGGAAAUAUUCUCACAUGCCUGAAUAUAUUUAACAUCACAGACUCAAAGCAAGAGAAGUGAAUGAACUGUUGAAACAUUUUAUUGUUCAUAAAUACCCCCUUAUAAAGAGAAGACACAGAAAAGCAAAAGUUUCAAUACCUGGGCUAACUUACACUG